AUGCGGAAAGACGCAUGGAUGGACAGACGGGCCAAGGAACUAAUGUGUAGAAAGACGUAUGGAUGGAUAGUAAAUAUUGGCCAUGUGAAGCUCUGUCCUGCUGGAGUCAGACUCCUCUUCACGCUGCUCGUCAUCGCUCCGUCUCUGAACGCAGACCCUACAUCUCUAUUUUAUCCGAAUUUUUUAUGUCCCUCGUUCUUUAUCUUCUCAUCUAAGAAGCUCCUCUACUUUGGCACGCUGGCGUUUCCCUGCUUCGAUGGCACCUACCUGCCCAAGCAAGAGAGUGAAUUUGUUCAUAAGGUCCUUGAGGAGCUGGAUGCCUUCCAGCAGAGAGAUGAUCAGAAAAGCGUCAUACUCUUCCCACCCUUGCCGAGUCGACUGAGGUUUCUGAUCCACAAGACGGCAGAGAAGUUCCCAGAGCUGAGCACUUUCUCCGUGGGCGAGGCGUGGAGCCGCAGAGUGGCCGUCUGCUACUCAGAGCUCAGGUUGCCGGUGGAGGAGUGCAGCAGUGACACAGACGGGAAUGCGUAUGAGCAGCCGUGUGUGAGCAGCAGAGGGAUGCGGGGAAAAUCACGAUCGGCUCUCAGCAAGGGAAGCAGACGCCCGGAUAAAGCCAUUUAUGUCCCCCGCGCUUUGAGACAGUCCGAGUGUGAGACGAGUCUCAGCUCCCCCAGCUGCUCUCUCAGCCUCAGCGUCUCUGAGGAUUCCAGUUCUGACAGCACAGACCCUCCACCAGCCAAUCACGAGCCUGGAACCGACAGCGCCGACGAAUCGGCGGGCGAGCAGGACGCAAUGGCGCACAUUGCAGGGGCGGAGCCUGUGGACUGCGAUCAGACUCUGUCCUAUUUCAUGGCGAUGACUCUGGAGGAGGAAAGGAGCAGCAAAGAUACCUCACAAACAAAUACAUCCUGCCAGGACACGGAGGAGACGGACGACUACCACCACGAGAUCACGGCCUAUUUGAAGGAAGAACCAUCAGCGAUAGAAAACACGCAGAACGAUUACUCCAGCUUCGAGAACGUGUGGAUCGACCACAACGAUUUUGCCCACGUCAUCGAGAUUUACGACUUCCCAGCGAUGUUCAAAACCGAAGACCUGCUGGAUGCUUUCUCAGAGUACAGUGAAGGAGGGAUGAAGAUUAAAUGGGUGGAUAACACUCAUGCUCUCGGCAUCUUUUCCAGUGCAUCAGCAGCGCUGCAGGCUCUGUCCAUCAAACACCCGCUGCUGAAGACGAGGACGCUGUCCAAGGCCAGCAAAAAGGCCAAAGGCAAAGUAGCAAGACGUGCAGAGUUCCUGCAGCCGGUGAAGGAGCGGCCACGGACUGAUACAGCCGUAGCACGCAGGAUGGUGACCAGAGCUCUGGGCCUGAGAGCUAAACGCUAUUGAACACCAGUUUGUUUACCUGAUGAUGAUGAUGAUGAUGACGGACCAGGGCCACGUUUAAACCACCUCAAGCACGACAACACACAGUUUUAUAAGUGUUUAUUUUAUAGUGUCCAAUCACUCUCUCUCUCUACAGCUCUAGUCAAACUUUUUUCACUUCAGGCAGUUGUGAAAACUGAAACGUCCCACUUUAUUAAAACAGCAUGAUGAUAUCUAGUCUCUUAAUCCAGAUCCUUUUUAUGAAGUGAACACAGCUCAGAUUAAAUGAAUUGGUGAAAUUAAAAUCUGUUUAAACACAUAUCUGUACACACUGAUAGAGGUGAGAUCAAGCUGGUUUGAAUGUGGAAAGAAAUUUCUGGAAACAGUCCUAGAUGACACAGUAGUUCACAUUUAGUUUUAUUCACCUUUAUUUUCCCUUUUAAACCUGUAAUAAU